UGAAUGAAUGAGAGAGGGGGGUGUGAAUAAGUGUGACUGUGCUGGGCUCAGCGUGAUUUACGGCUCUGCUGAAAACUGCUUUCCCUGCAGCUUCAGCACCACCAGCAGCAGCAGCAGCAACAAGUCAGGAUUCAGAGAGUAAUGCAACAGAACACUUUUGAAGAAAGCAGACACCCCUGGCAGGAAUCAUUUGAAAAUGUCAGUAUCUGCAUGCCAUUUCGUUGCCCACGAUGUGGUGACCACACUAGAUUCAGAAGCCUUUCUUCUCUGAGGGCACAUCUGGAGUAUAAUCAUAGGUAUGAAGAAAGAAGCCUUCUGACAAAAUGCAACCUAUUUUCUUCCCUCAAAGAUGCAGACUUGCUCUCUUCCUCAGAGACCAUGACUCAAGGAAAACUGGGGAACACCAGCAAUGCAAUAAAACAAAAACCAUUAUACAUAAAUUUUGAUGACACAUCACAUGAGAACCCAAAGAACAGAAAAUCACUGGAGGUGGAAGCUGAAAGGCCUGUCUCUUUUGUGGCAAAUUACGGGUCAGCUGACUUCACAGAUAAUCAGAUUUCUAAACCUGGGGUUCCAACAACAGACUCCAAAGCCUCUUUUGAGGCACACGUACGAGAAAAGUUUAAUAGGAUGGUAGAAGCUGUAGAUAAAACAAUAGAGAAGAGAAUUGACAAGCUUACCAAAGACUUGGCCCAAAAAACUGCUGAGCUGUUGGAAGUUCGGGCGGCUUUUGCGCAGCUGUCUCAGAAGAAACAGGAAGUUCAGAGGCGAGAGAGGGACCUGAACAGACAGGUGGAUGUUGCAGUUGAGAUGAUUGCUGUACUGAAGCAACGUCUUACAGAGUCUGAGGAAGAACUUCACAGGAAAGAAGAAGAGGUUGUUACUUUUAACCACUUCCUGGAAGAGGCAGCUGAGAAAGAGGUCCGUGGGAAAGCCAAGCUCCAACACUUCAUUGAGAAUUUGUUGCAGCGGGUUGAUCUGGCAGAACGACAACUAGAAUAUUAUCAAAAUCAGCAGAUAAUGUGCAAUUACAAUGAUCUCAAUGAACACAUGUUUACAGACCUCUCAUCAAAUAAGAAAUCCAGAUGCCUAAGCCGAGGAAAUCAGCAUGGUUCAUAUAAUAUACCUGAUGCAAAACCUCAUUCCCUUCAGAAAGGUAGAAUGUUCCUAAAGAAAACCAAGGAUGAGAAGAACAGCAUCCAGCCAGUUAUAUUCUUCUAUGAGCCUGUCGACUGCUCAAGAGAGCUAUGGAGGCCACAGAAAAAGGGUGAACCAGUGAGUGCUGCCCGAAAGGUGAAUUCAAAAUCCAAGCAGGGUAAAAAAAGCAAAUAGCUACAGUAACAGAUUAUAUUAUAUAAACAACAUGCAGGAGCUACUGGCACAAGGCUUCAA